GCACUUUCCAUUCCAGUGCGGGACAGCGCGGGAAGCUGCCCAUUGAAGUUUUGAGAGCUGAAGCUGACGAGGGGUCCACUGACGAAAUAUUUUCGAGAACGGAACUAAAGCGCAAUCGAAGCUCCAUUUUCCCGGAGCUUGACGACAGGUCCCGUCCACGGUCCAGUUCGCUCAACGACGAUCUUGACAAGUAACCUGCCCACCUGUGUGGCACAUACCUCAUCCUCACUGACUUCCUCAUUGCGCGUUGAGGUUAACCGCUGCAAUCUCGUGAUAUUCAAGGGUUCAGGUUGUUCCCAACGCGCAUGAUGGUCCUUUAAGUGUUGCAAAAGCCACGACUCCCCUAAACUUAGACCCCCCUUCCUCUGGACCUCUCUUGGUCAAGCACCCCGCCCGCCCUCCAAUCCGAAUACCACUCAUCAUGCCACCACCUCACCUCCACCCGAGGUCGCGUAUGACUUCCUCCCUCUUCGCAGCAACUGUUGUGGCCAGCUUCCUUGUUGUCGGCGUCCCUCACAUCCUGCCGUGUCCCGCCCCCAGGGUCGCUUUUGCCGAUGGAGAUAUGUCUGCCGACGGACAGCCCAAGAGACGCAGACGCAGACGCGUGGAAAACACCGAAGGCAAAGACGAAAUCCUGCAGUUUGAGACAGAGCCUGGGUCUGGCGACGUAGGCAGGGCACGAGCUCUGAAGAGAGAGUGCCCAGUGCCCAAGCCCGGGGGUAUGCUCGGCAGCAUGCUCGGCUUCCACAAAGACAACGAUAUCAACGACCCUUCGUCUCCGUCCAACAGGUGAUGACCACACCGUACACAAUGCUGGAUCUCCGGGGGAAUGGGAUCGCAAUGACCCCAUAAUAACGCUCUGUAACUAGACGACGUUCGUGAUCAAUCUUGUACCUACGAGCUGCUCGAUCCACGGAUAUGGGCCAUAUGUCGAACGGAGUCAUCAUGGUGUUGGCCGUUCCUUGGUUUUUUUUUGUUUGGAAAAUCAGAUUUCCCGGGUCACAUUGCUCGCAGUGAGUGGUCAAAAGGCGGCCGGCAUGUAGCCCGAUCACAAAACGAGCCUUCUGUUCAGCAACCAACGGUUCAGGUCACGCCUUAUGAAGAAUGUAAAGCCCGACUAACCAGCACCCUAUCUGGCUCAAAUAAAUCAUCUCCUCAUACGAAUUCCUACAUGAACCCUUCUCAGCAUGUUGGAGCUCAUCGAAGAAUGAGACCGGCAGGAAUUUCUGUUCAACCAUACAGUCCUGUGUGGGUGAUACAAUCGAAGACUACAUAGCCCUUGCUUGGCCACAUACCUGCUUCUUGAGAUGUCGUCAAAGAAGUCUAAUACACCACCGGUCUGUCCAGGUUUACCCAGGAGCUUGUUACCUACAUCGUUCGCGUCUUGGUGGCUCCAGUCGUUUCCCUCAUCCACCCCCAACAGGAGUUCAACUCGUAGCUUGGUACCGCCAAAAAGUCCAGACGGCAAUACGCAGCCGGCUUUGCUUUCUUUUAUCUGGGAUGUUGCAUCUUAGCAGCUCGGAUACGCGAGAGUCCCCUUGCGGAACGCAUCUACCCUUGUACAUUAUGCUUGUACAUUCUGUUUAGGCUCAGAGCGCUAGUAGACCGAAAUAUGCGGUUAUGAGGGCACAAGAUCAACCAAAAAACAUGCUCUCAUCAAUGGAAUCCGUCGAACCCGAACCCUGCUAGAGCUUGGCGUUGCGAUCAGGGGUUCGCAGCGGGGGCGGAUGGGACUCUUUCAUGCACCCCAGAUCCAACCUCAACGUGGGGGUGGAUCUUGGUCAAUGGACAUGCAGCUCCCUCGUCCAUACCUUGACUUCAUUUACUUCCUUCAUUUCACUGUCAACUUCCAGGAAUUUCAAAUUAACCAAAACUGAGAAUCCACGGAAUGGCCGUCAGCUGUUCUAUGGGCUUUACGAAACAUGAAUCACCAUCAGCUUGAAGUGUCGCAGUGGUAACCCCGCCUCCCCCCUUCUAUAGCUAAGCUGUUCAGAAAUGAAGGUACGGUGUUGUUCAACACAGGUGUUCUUCACUACAUCAAGCUCCGGGGUCAUAGCUUCAAUCAAGAUCCUGACAAGCCAGGCUCUUCUGCCGUGUACUCUUUCGAGGCACAACACUUUGCAGCUGCUAUGAGUCCAGUGGAUAAGGGACUGACACCUAGACAAGUGUUAUGUAUCUAGCCAUUCUAUAUCCUCCUUGCUUAUGAUCCUCGAUUCGGGACUCUUAAAGGUAGCUUUUGUUACAACACAUACCAUAGUCCGGAGCACAUCCUGUUCUGUUUUCUGACAUCCACACGAGUCCCCUAGACUUGGCACGAAGAUAAAG